AUGAAUAAAUCAUCCGGUUGGAGAAAAUCAAGCAGCGUGGCAGCUAUGAACAGCAGUGUAUAUGCUCCUCCGGCAGAAGAAGAAACGGGGAGUUUUUAUGAGCUGCUGGGCAUUUCAGAGAGUGGGACCCUGUCCGAAAUCAAGAAAGCUUAUAAGCAGCUGGCUCGAAAAUAUCACCCUGACGUGUCUCCCGCUGAGCGUGCGGAGGAGUACACUCAGAGAUUCAUUCUGGUGCAAGAAGCUUACGAGACCUUAUCUGAUCCACAAACCAGAGCCUUGUAUGAUAGAGAUUUGUCUAGAGGCUUUCACUUUGCUUUUUCAGCUAGAAACAGAGGAGGAGCUGCUGCUGAGGAGGAGAUGGGUGAAUGGAAGAACAGAUGGGAGUCUCAACUCACAGAGCUGAAGCGUAAGAGCAUGUACAACCAUUACAAUUAUAGUAAUAGUAAUGCUCAUGAUGAUGCAAGACAGUCGUGGGGAGCCCGGAUGCGCAGUCAAAACAGGGAAUCACAGUAA